AUGCCGUCAGUGGAAGCAAUGCAUGUUGGUGAUACCAAGUUCCAGACAGUUUCCACACAGUGCCUCAGGUUUCUAGCCCGGAAAAAUCGCUUCGGAACCUGGCUCGAUGACUUUUCAAUUUGUGUGUGCACUAUACUUCAUGAUUUGGUUCGGACGAUCACUCAGGGAUUACAUCAUAUCAGUUUUGAGUAUUGCCCACCAGGACUCACCCAAAAGCGAGUGUUUUCUCAAUGUACACAUUGGUGCUUGCCAAGAAACAAGAAUGUUGGACUUGGCCCACUGGAUGAGAUUCAACGGAACCGUCAGUGUUCUGUCGAAGGUUCUCAAACUUUUGAACCACUAUUGUACCAAAACAAAACUUCGCAUCUUGUUCGAAUUUGUUUGAUUCUCCUAACAGAAUUGAAUACGUUCUACUUAAAAUACGUACUUUGGGUACCCCCUCCGCACAUUCUGUGUUUCUUGCGACUGCUAUUUUCUAUUCUAUGGGGCGGACCGGCGAUUUAUGAAUACUUCCAAUAUAUGGAUGACCCAAAUUGCAAACGUUUAGGUCGCCAGGUGUGGAUGCUUUCCAGCGUCAUCAUUACCGAGCUGUUGAUAAUUCUGAAAUUCGGCUGGAACACGGUCACCAAACCUCUCCCUCGCCACGUGGCUUUAUUCUGGCUAGUGGCGAUCGUCGGUCUAACCUUGUGGACGUUCUGGCACUUUUACAUCACCAGGUGGCUGUUCAAGAUGAGCAAAAAGACGGACCAGGAACUCUUGAAGCAAAGUGAAUCGGACCACUCUCACACAGACUGAGAUCCUGAGCCCCAGUUUGGACUAUCCCUAGGUUUGAUGAACUUGGUGUUGCUCGACUAUUUUCAGCUAUUUUCGACAACCUUAUGUAACGUUUUAUAUUUUCGAAGCUAUGUCUGAAAUGUGUUUUGCUAUUUUUUAAUUAGGGCACACACCUCUAGUUCGAAGGUGCGUGCCUUUCCUGUCUUCCUUCGAUUUUGAGAACCGAUGUCUUUAUGUGAUUUCUACUGUUGUAUUUCUCCGCUAUACCCUUGAUGGCCUAAAGAUUUCACAUCAUGGAGUUCAUUUAAUAUUACGUGUAGUGAG